AGUGGUCUAGCCUGUUGAAGUCUUACAAUCAGAAACAUUAUAUUUUUGUUACAACGAAUGAACGAACAUAUGCGAUACGCAUUACAAAGUACGAAGUACACAUUUGAUCCCCCGCACGAGGGUUCAAUAAUCGCACGAUACAGUCAUACAGAAUAAAACAUCUAUCAUGGUGAAAUUCGCAGAUGAUCAAACGGAACAACCUCCACCCAAAAAGGAAACAUGGGAGGAAUUCAAUGCGAAAAUGAACCGUAUUCAAAUGGCCCUCGCAAAACGUGAAGCCAUCGCGGAAAACAUCCUAGCAAAAUACCCUACCGACAGACGCCGUAAGACGCAAGAAGAAAUUGACGCUGAGGAUGCCUUAUGGUUCCCUACGUCAGCUGGCAAUCAACCACUGAAUAUCGAUCCAGCGUUUGCGAAAUUCUUAAAGCCUGCAGCAGAACGUAAUCAGAAAACACUUCGCGACAAAAUGCUCCCUUCGAAAGAGUUGAGAGCUAGUAAAGCGAGAGAUGCUGAGGAGAAGGCUGCGAGUGCGAAGAGGGCUAUGGCAGCUGCUAGUAGUGAUGAGGAUGAAGGUCGAACUGCCUUGGGAAAAGCAAAGAAAUUAAAAACGAAACAUAGUAAAACAAACGGAAGAUGUGAUGAUAAACCAUUGAUCAACAAAGCUCUGCUUGCGCAAGACCAGGCUGAAGAAGGAAAAGAGCUAGUCAAUAAAGCCUUGUUGCUCCAGCUGGAAGAUGCUGAUGAGAGCACGGAGGUUACAUCGAAGAAGUCGAAGAAGAAGAAGAGGAAGAAGUCGAAACAGAAGAAUGCGCUAGCGGAAGAGGAUGAUGAACAAAGUAACGUUGAAAAUAAGUUGCCUGAAGCUCUUGACCAAAUGGAGGUGGACGAAGGAGAUUUCAAUCUGUUCCGCAGCAAGCCUGUCGAUACGAGUCCUAAGGAUAACCCACUUAUCGAUAUCGAGAAAGAUUAUGAGGGAGAUCCUGAGACAGAACAGGCAUCGGAUGAUGAGAGAAAGGCAAGACAAGAAGCGAAGAAGCUUCUGAAAGCCCAGAGGAAGAAACAGAAAAAAGACAAGAGGAGAGAAGAAAGGUUGAAGAUGAAUGUCGAUACGGAGGACUAACAAUGGAUACCAAGCAUAUUUUGUAUAUCGGGUAUGAUAUACUCUUCUAACUGCCGGAAUAUGAAAAUUUUAUUACUUAGUUCCUACAAAGAUAUCUAUAGAAAUCUAACACCGUUCUAUUUUAUCAAAGUCGC